AUGGAGCGGGCGUGGGCCGCGGUGCUUGGCCUCAAGCUCCAACGCGACAAGCUCAAGCAGUACCAGCGACGUAUCGAGGUCGUCCUCGCUCGCGAGCGCGAGAUCGCCGCCGACUCGCUGCGCCAGGGCAACAAGCAGCGCGCGCUCACGGCCCUGCGCCAGAAGAAGUACCAGGAGCAGCUCUUGUCGCAGACAGACGCCCAACUCGAGACGCUGCAGAAACUCGUCCAGUCGAUCGAGUACUCGCUCGUCGAGAAGGACGUCCUGUACGGCCUGCAGCAGGGCAGCGAGGUCCUCAAGCAGCUCAAUAAGGAGAUGGACCUCGCCACGGUCGAGCGCCUCAUGGACGACACGCGCGAGGGCAUCGCCUACCAGGAGGAGGUCAGCGCGCUCCUGUCGAGCCGGAUGUCGGCCCAGGACGAGGAGGACGUGCUCGCCGAGCUCGCGGCGAUGCAGGCAGAACAGACCUCGACCAAGCUCCCCGAGGCGCCCUCACACGCCCUUCCCGAGGUCGAGCGACCAGCCGUCGUCGUCGACACCGAGGCGGACGAGGAGGAGGGCGAGCGCCAGGCUGUGCGGGCACGGCCAGAGCGGCAGCUCGUCGCGGCGUGA